CGGACUGGGAGGCGGACUGGCGGCAGCAGUGGGCGACGUUGGGAAUUCAGGAUAUGGUGGAUACGUGCGAAGAACUACUGAGGCUGGAAGCGCAGAUGGGGCUCCACAGCUGGGGCUAAGCGGUCGGCUGCUGCGGCUAAAGGUGCCUGGCAAAUGUCUUGGCUGGUGGUUCCUGUCCGUCUGUAGUUUGCACGGAACUAGGUUUCGGUAAACGCAAAAUAUGAUAUUAUUUUUCUAAGAUCUAUAAUUUCCUUAGAAUGAUUUCUGUUCAUUAUUGCAUGGCUUGCUUGCUUGUGACAUGGCAUGCCUGAAUCCUUAGGAUGAGUCGCUGCAAGGAGUAAUAGAUCUGCUUAUUGAAACGGAUUGAGGAAUUGUUUUUGGGACCUUUUAGCUCUGGCCUUGACUCAGGUUGCUUUCAGGAGUGCAGCGCCUGAUUUCGGAAUAUGUACGGAACAUUAAAGUUAAUGUUGCAUUACGCCUUCAGCAUCCCUGUGCUCACCUGUAAAGUUGCUGGAUGCUCCUACGCACCUCUUGCUGCUUUACUACUUUACGACGUUAAUACCAUAAUGGCCCGUGUUAUUAGGGAAGCCCUUGGAGUGACUGGUGGAAGUGGAUUGUUAGGCCGCAGCGUGUUAAGCCAAGUUGUAAAUGGCUGUCGUGCUCUUAUGUCAUCGAUGCCGGCUGUCGACUCGGCAACAACGCCUCGGUUGCCUGAUUUCGCGCACACCCCAGCACCAUACACAGGCCCGUCUGCUGAGGAGGUGCUUGCGUUACGAAAGCAGUAUUUGAGUCCUUCGCUCUUCCUACACUUUAAGAAGCCUGUCAUGAUUGUCGAAGGCAAGAUGCAGUACCUCUACGAUGAGCGUGGACGACGCUACUUGGACGCCUUUGCUGGCAUCGUAACGGUGAGCGUUGGGCACUGCCACCCAGCCGUGACGGAAGCCAUCAACCAUCAGAAUCAGCUUCUGCAGCACACCACCACCAUCUACCUGAACAACCAAAUUGCCGAAUACGCCAAAGAGCUCGCGGACCGGAUGCCAGGCAACCUGAAGGUGGUUUACUUUGUGAACUCGGGCAGUGAGGCCAACGACAUGGCCAUCAUGCUGGCUCGCCUGUACACGGGCAACUGGGACAUGAUCUGUCUGCGUAACGCCUACCACGGAAUGAGCAUCGGCACCAUGGGCACCUGCGGACAGCACACCUGGAAGCAACCCAUGCCGCAGGUGGGCUUUGGCUACCACCACGCAUUGAACCCGGAUCCGUACCGAGGGCCGUACGGCGACGACGGCCCGCGCUACGCUGCUGACGUGGCAGAUCUUAUUUCCUCCGCUACUCCUGGCCGAGUGGCGGGUUUCGUAGCUGAGACCAUUCAGGGUGUCGGGGGUGCCGUACCACUGGCCACUGGCUACUUGCCUGAGGUGUACAAGAUGAUCCGAGCCGCCGGCGGUGUGUGCAUCGCGGACGAGGUUCAGACGGGCUUUGGUCGUACCGGCGGCCACUACUGGGGCUUCCAGCGGCAGGGGGUGGUGCCGGACAUCGUCACGCUGGCCAAGGGUAUCGGCAACGGACUGCCCCUGGCGGCGGUGGUCACCACGCCGGAGAUAGCCGCGUCCAUGGCCAGCAGGCUGCACUUCAACACGUACGGCGGCAACCCGGUUUGUUCCGCGGGCGGUCGGGCUGUACUGCGUGUGGUGGAUCAGGAGCGGCGUCAGGAGCACUGCGGGCAGGUGGGGGAGCACCUGCUGGGGCGACUGAGGGCGCUGGCGGCGAAACAUGACAUCAUCGGAGACGUGCGUGGCGCCGGGCUGAUGCUGGGGGUGGAGCUGGUCAAGGACCGGAAGACCAAGGAGCCCGCCAAGGCCGAGACAGCGACCGUGAUGGAGUUCAUGAAGGACCUCGGUGUGCUGAUGGGCAAGGGGGGCCUGCACGGCAACGUGUUUCGCAUCAAGCCGCCAAUGUGCUUCAGCCGCCAGGAUGCGGACUUCCUGGUCGAGGUCAUGGACCUGGCCAUUAGCAAGCUGUGA